AUGAAGCUUCCAUGGCUCUCUUUCGUCACCUUCACACUUUCUCUACUUCUUACCUUUUCUUCUUAUGCAGAAUCUUUCAAACGAUGCCCUAACUGUGGCUCCACCCGAGUUCCAUACCCACUAAGCACAAGUCUCGACUGUGGCGAUCCGGAUUACAAGAUCCGGUGCGACAACCGGGGUUUACUCUGGUUCGAUACCCUCAACGGAUCAACCAAUCCGAUCAAAACAAUCGACCCGUCAGGCCAACGGUUCGUCCUCAUUCAACCUGGGUUCGAACCCAACACAUGUGUAUCGGUCGACAUAAAGUACCACGGUAUUCAGCUAGACCCGAACCUUCCUUUUAAUGUCAGUAGUAGCAACACGGUUAUCAUCAUGAAUUGCACGAAGGACGGUCUAGAUGCAUACACCUCUCAAGGCUUUAACUGCUCUGAUAAUAGCUUGUGUCACAAGUUUCUAAAUGCCAAUCCCGAGGCACGAGGAGGCAAGUGUGGAGGCGUGUCACAGUGCUGCUGGUAUAAGACCGGUGCAUCUGUUAAUACUUAUAAAGUUUAUAGGGCUAGGACAGAUAUGUGUUCGGCUUAUCAGAGUUUUAUGAAUUUGGAUCUGACGUUACCGGUUAGCAAAUGGGGCGAACCGGCCGUGGAGAUACUAUGGGAAGCUCCGAGAGAGCCGGUUUGUAAGAUUCCGGGAGAUUGUACCGAUUUGGUGAAUUCGGCUUGUUCGGUUGAUUCGACCAACGUAGGACAGAAGAGAUGUUACUGCAAGAAAGGGUUUCGAUGGGACUCGAUCAACGCUAUAUGUGAAGCUAACCGGUGCUUCAGUGUAAAGAAAUGCAAGCGACGGAGCAAUUUGCCUUUAAUCGGAGGUUUGGCCGGUGGUGUAGGGGCAAUAUUGAUCGCCGGAUGCGUAAUGAAGAUGAUAAUCUCGAAACAGAAUCAAAGAGUCGCCGGAAGCCAAUCGUGGGCGAGCGUAAGGAAACUCCAUCGACACCUAUUGAGUACCAACAGUGCCGGACUCGAUAGGAUCUUCUCCGGCAAAGAGAUCGUUAAAGCCACCAACAAUUUCGCCAAAUCCAACCUCCUCGGAUUCGGCGGAUUCGGUGAGGUUUUCAAAGGAGAUCUCGACGACGGUACAACAGUCGCCGUGAAACGAGCCAAGCUCGGGAACGAGAAGAGCAUAUACCAGAUCGUCAACGAGGUCCAGAUCCUCUGCCAAGUUAGCCACAAGAAUCUAGUGAAGCUUUUAGGAUGCUGCAUCGAAUUGGAUAUGCCGAUUCUGGUUUACGAAUUCGUCCCAAACGGAACUUUGUACGAGCACAUCUACGGCGGCGGAUCAUACGAUCCUUUACCGUGGCGACGCCGCCUCAUGAUCGCGCACCAGACGGCGCAAGGACUUGCCUACCUCCACUCGUCCGCCACGCCGCCGAUUUACCACAGGGACGUCAAGUCGAGCAACAUUCUCCUCGACGAGAACCUCGACGUUAAGGUCGCCGAUUUCGGAUUAUCCAGAUUGGGCGUGAGCGACGUGAGCCACGUGACGACCUGCGCGCAAGGAACCUUAGGGUAUUUAGAUCCAGAGUACUACCUCAACUUCCAUUUGACGGAUAAGAGCGACGUAUACAGCUUCGGUGUGGUGUUGCUCGAGCUGUUGACUUCUAAGAAGGCGAUCGAUUUCAAUCGAGAGGAGGAAGACGUGAAUCUGGUAGUGUUUGUGAGGAAGAGGUUGAAGGAAGGGAGGUUGACGGAGGUGAUAGAUCCGGUGAUCGGAAAAGAAGCGACGGUGACAGAGUUGGAGUCUAUAAAGGAGUUUGGAGUUUUGGCGGAGCGAUGCGUGAGGGAGACAAGGCAAAGUCGACCAACGAUGAAAGCUGCAGCUAAGGAAAUCGAAAGCAUUAUACAUGGAAUUGCUUCUGAUCCUGAACCUGAACCAUAA